GCGAGCGUUGACGAUUAGAAGGUGCGUUCCGUCGAAAAAGGAUUCACAACGGGCAACAAUUUGACGACUUUUUUUGAUCGCGCUUCACACUAUGUUUCCUCUAUGUUUUUUCAUUAAAAUCCUGCCGCAAAAGCACAAGCGACAGCGUACCUAGCCGAACGCUGUUCCUGUUGGGAGGCUCGCUGAGGCUGUCGGUCCACGAUUUUCCUUUGUAACCGCGGAUUCUUGUGUCAUUUUGAGGCCAUUCUCGAUUUAAACACAGUUCAAAUUGUCGUUCGUUCUGUGUGUUCGAUUCGUCGUCCGUGCAUCGUGACGCCUGAGCUCCCUUUUCCCCUUCUGUCUCCAAUCCCGAAGAGCGGUCUCUGGCAAGCCGCGCAUACCGCCGUCCACUUUGCACAUGCCGCCUUGUCAAGACUUUUGAGUCGAUGCUCAGACUGCCGCUUGUCAGCGACCCGAAUCUCCGAUUUCCUCUCCCUUUUCUGGUUGUUUAGAAGUUCGUUUCCUCGCUCCUUCUAGAAACAUAUGCUGUUUUCUGGCUUUCUGCGUCGACCCUGCCACUUGGUGGGUUUCUCGCGUCCCUUUUUGCCGCUGUAUACAAGGUCGUCGAGUGUCUUCGACGAUCCCACUCAAAACCUCACACCUCUUUUCUCUCGGAUUUUCGCCGCGCCAGUCUGGAAGGGAACCCGUUAUCGUUUGACUCCAUCAAAUCUUCGCUUUACGUUCGACACUCUGCGUCUAUGCAUCUAGAAGCUUUUUCGCUGCUGCAAAGUGUGCGUUCUUGUCGUUCGCGGAUCUGCGAACGGCACUUCCGUGCUAUAGCUCCUGUGCCCGAUACCGCCCCGCGCCGUGUGUAGAAUUUGUGUGACGCAAGUUGCUUUGUUACGUCCACUUUGCUCACCCUGGCUGUUUCAAGGGCAACUCUCGCCUGUGCUCGGGAUGUGAGGUGUCGCCGCUUCGUUGAAAACGAAAAAUGGAGGCGGCUCUCCACUGGAAGGCACCCCGACUGCUGGUUUCUCUUUCUCUGCCCCUUCGCCGCCGUCCACCACUUCCAUGACACACGCUUCACCCGCCAUUCGUAGGUGAGGCCAGAAACAACUCUGGAGUUCCUGUGUCUGACGAGGAGAGGUAUCGGCGGGCGGCGGAGCGACCAGGCGGAGAGUCCUUCGAAAGCCGCCCAGCAGGCAAAGAGCGUCAGACGCGUCCGCGUCUCCGUCUGCGAGAAUGGCGGAUCCGCCAACGCGAAGGAAGGGCCGGAGCGCCCACGACUGGGAAGAGAGUCUCACGAGCGACGAGGAGAGGGGAGACGCAGACGCAGACGAGGCAGGCCCCCGGAGGCGCGAGAAGCGAAAAGUGAUUAGCCGAGACGCUUCAGGAUUGCGCAGUGAACUCUGGUGGACUACCGGAUUUGGCCGACCCCACGAGGAAAUUCGUGGACGGGUGGCUAUUCACGAGCGACAGGACGCCGCUGACAGAUCCCCAUGGCUGCUCGUUCAACUCUCGCGGCUAGUCGCCCGCCCCUCCGCUCUCCUGGGUGUGCAGGACGCGCUCGAUGCUCAACUCGCUGCACUCUACGACCUUCAGCUCUCGCGCAUCGAGGCAGAGAUCGGUAGGCGACACCCGCCAGGAGACGUCGAAGCGAGAGAGCGGGAGAAGCCGGGGAAAAAGCGUGAUGCAGGAGGCAGAGACUCUUGCCAGUGCUCGUCGCCGUCGCGGACACUCCCUGGCCAGCCGCGCCCGGGGAACGCCACCGCUGGGUCGCCCGGCAUCGCUUCAGACGCUUUGUCCAAAGACCAUCGAAAGGCGCAGGACGGCUCUCCGAGCACCGAGAGGCGAGACAGUGCCCCCCCUCCCGAUCUCACGUUCCUGUCAAGCCAAGUCGACUUGCCGUGGAUGUGGAAACUGGCCAAAUCCCCAUGGGACUUCGCAGCGCUUCCCGACGAGGCUCUCGCGUUCAUGCACUCGACGGCUCAGCGCGCGGCGCGUUUCCCCCCGUUUGCGGAGGCGUGGAACUUGUGUCUCCGCGCGACGCUCCACCUUCGCAUUCGUGAAGACUCUCCAGAUCUGAGCUCGCCGCGCAGGCACUUUGCGUGCUCCUUCGCGUCGCCCGGCCUCCAGGGCUGCUCGAAGCCUCUUGAACUCCACCACGCGUUCUUUCCAAGAGAAGGCGAGCACGGACUCUCCUUCUUCGGUGUCCGUACCCUCGCGGAUCCGGCGAAAACUGGCAGGCAGUCUGUGUCUCGGAUGGCGUCCGAGCAGGGUGGCUCACAGUUCUUGUCGGCUGGUCACGAAGCGCGCUUUGCCCGUGGAUGCGUGGGUGUAGAGGCCAACGCGGGAGGCAGUGUCUGCGAGUCUGUGAUCUCCAUCCCAGGCAUGCGCACGCGUCUCCUCCGAGUUCAAUCCUCGCUGCUUCGUGCAGCCGCUAGCCUCAGGAGCAGCAGUCGAGACCAGGUUUCUUUCCUGGAUGCGCCGGAGUUGUGCGGUCCCUCGGAGGACGCGGACGCGUUUGAGGAAGACUCGGAGUCUGACGACUCCAGCAGAACCUCGGUCGCUUCCCGAGACGGAUUCCACUCGGGCGUGGACGCAGGGAACUCUGCUGAGUCGAUCGACGGCCCGAUCGCGAUUCCGUGUCAAUUUGCGCCGCUGCUCUUGCGCCCAACCGCGUACGUACCUGAAUCGAGUCUCGUGCCGGCGUUGCGAGUCGCCCGGGUGGUUUCUACCAAUGCGGAGACUGCUUCUUCCUCGCGAGAGAGGAACUGGAUGGCGGCCUUCCCGAAUCCCCCAGGGUACGAACUGGUGCUCGUUCUGAAUCUGUAUGCAUCCUGCGUCGCGCAGUUGCCAGAGAGGCUCAGCGGGGAGGAGGUUCCGCUACCCGUCCACGUCGCAUGCACGGUCGUUCCUCUGAGUCGGCGAGAGGAGGGGGAUCGAGAGGUCCUGCCCUUCUGCGAAGCUCUCAGAGUUCCCUUCGACCUCCCCGUCUUCCUGCACCUCCGGCGCCUCGAGUUCGUUCGCUGCCGCUCUGAAGGGACGCUGGGCUUCAAGAUCUGCAGGGCUGUCGCUCACAGUGCGGGAGGCAAGAGAAAAGAAAACGCAGAAGACGUCCAUGAGUCUGGAGGUGGGGAACCGGGACCCUCGGUCGACGCGUACUGUGACGGGGGAUUUGUGGGCGGGUGUCUGAUGUCAGGCCGAGGUGCCGCGCCGCGGUUUGCCCUCGACGGCGGACGAGUCGUCGACUGGGGCGACAGAGAAGGGAAGGAGAAAGUCGCCGAGUCAAAACAGGGAUUCGGCCCAAUGCCACCCUUCCCACCUGGCAUGGUCGACGAGGCCGGCCGCUUGAAAAAGGCCAAGGAAACGGGAAGAGAAGAGGACGACCUCGGCGGCGACGAGAAGAAGCAGGACAGGGGGGAGACGAAGGGGAGUUCAGCGGCGUUGGACUCGAAGAAGGCGAAGAGUGUACGGAGAGAGAAGGAGAGGAAACGCCGGAAGAAGCGCGUGCAACAGCUCCGGAAACUCCUUAAAGAAAAACUCGGCGAAGACGCCUUCGACCUCUUCGAAAGCAACUUCGAGGCGUCGUCACACGACGGCAGCAGCUCUGAAGACACCUCGCGACACCUUGGAAGAAGAGGGCGCAACAGAGUCUCGGAUUCUUCGUCUCCACGAUCACCUUCAGACGCGAUGUUCGGCGACACAGAUUCAGAGGCUAUUGGCUUCCCUUGGCUGGGCCGCGAAGGCCACAGAGACCGAGCGCCGUGGAGCGAGGCUGGUCGGAGACAGUCGGGGUCUCACGGUGAGAGGCAAAAGUUCGAGAAAUCCGAAAGAGACAUCGAGCCUUCGACGGACGUCGAUGACGUCAGUGGGCGGGAAAGCCGCACGGACGCCUCACCGACCGAUCCGUCGCAGCUUUUCGAUUUCGACGGAGUCGACGGUUCGCGCCUGGUCUCUACGCGCGACAUCAGUCCGAGCUGUUCUUCUCCCCGCGUCGACAAGGCUCAGACGGCCGAGGAGCAAAGACAGGCGGAAAACCAACGACGUCUCGAGCCGCUCAUUCUCUCCGUUGAAAGCUUUAUAGAUGAACACGGACGCCUUGUUUUCUCUCGGGGGAAGACGGGGAGACAGAAGGACGUCGGGGGAAGCGAAUCAGCUGGGGGUCCGAGGCGGCAGGAGCAAGCGAGUGGGCGAGACACCGUGUCAUCCAGGGCGCCUGCUUCGGCGACAGAAUCGGGAAGUCAGAAGGCCAGGCGGCUGCUGGCGGCAACAGCGAGCGACAGGGAGAUCGGGAGACUGGGCCUCCCGCAGAAGAAGAAGCCUCCAGGCUACGAGACCGCCCAGACACGCCUUUGCAUGCAACUUGAGCAGCUUGCUCGGGGCUUCGCGGCUUCGGAGCGAGACGUGAGCGACCUUCGACCUCAGGCGCGAAGCGGAACCAAACUGACAAAAGGGGAGAAGCGAUGCGUUGACAUGGGCGAGAACGAGGGAGACAGGCAGGAAAGCAUUCGCCUGCCCCUGUCCUCCAACCUCCCUCUCCUGGAAGUCGAGUGGAAGGGCAUCCGAAGGAGGGUGGGGAAGAAGGCGACGGAGGCCAGCGAGGACGCAUACGGAGGAGACUUUGACGGGGAAGAACGCGACGUACACCGCAACCGGUUUCUCGCGCCACUCUACCUCGAAGGACAGUCAUGGGAGGAACAGCAGAGACUGCUCGACUGUCUGGAGAAGAGAAACUCGAAGGAACGCCGAUGGGUCCAAGCCGCUAGCCAACGCCUGGCUGCCGGGCUGGAAGAGAAACGAGGAGAAGAAAGAGAGAAACACAGAGAGAAGGGAAAGAGAGAAGAAAGAGAAGAGAGAGAAAAGAGAAGAAUUGACCAGAGGGAGGAAGGAGAGAGAGGGCACAGGCAAGAGAAACCUGUAGGGGUACGCGAGAGGGGAGAGAAACGAGAGAAACAGCGAGAGAAAGGAGAGAAAUAUCCAGAGAAAGAGACACCUAUAGAGACAAGAGAGAGAGAACACAAACGGGAGGAACUGAGGAAAGUCGAAAUCAGGAUGCAGAGACACAGACCGACUUCUCCACUUCCGCGGCUCACUCGCGUUUCUCUUCGACCUCACCCAGACAGUGUUCGGGCGGUCGACAAGACAAAGUAGCUCACCACCGUUCCUUUGUCAAUGCAGUUUUUAGGAGAAGUAGGCUUUUUCGAUUCGUCUCAUCGAGGACUGUGUGUUACGAAGGGAUCAGGCAAAGUCCGGGGCUUCUCUGUUUUCGCUGUCUCUACGUUUCUCCCGUGUGUCUGCCUCCACUGGUCCAGACCUGCCAUCGGAAAAUGCGUAAUCUUGGCUUUUUGCUUCGCGCUUCUGUGCUUCUCUCUGUCUCUUCUCUGCGACAGAACGGGGCUCCUCUGUGCUGCCUGGUCUGCUCGCUUUGCUUCUUAUCCGGUCGCUCCCUCUUGGUGCAAUGCUUUCUCGUCUGUGCGUUCACCGGAGUUUCUGGCCGACAGAAACGAGACACUGGCGGCGAGAGAUGGCACCAAGAAUCUGCCAAUAAUAUAUUUUCGCUUCUCUGCACGCGUCCCCGACGCGAGGGGCGCCUGCGAAAAAUCGGUUUCUAUUCGGACAGCACUUGGUCCACGGCCCACGAUGCAGGCUGUAGAAGCGAGAUGCAGGAGACUCGCAUUUGUUCAAAAAGCGAGAACGCGUUUCUGGAGCGACCAGAAUUGUGUGGAGCUACGCAGAUCCAUGAGAAGACACGAGUCAGGUGAUGCACAGCUCCGAAACUCUGCAACGGGUGUCAGACCGCCCAGACAAAGCAAAGACACACAUGCAAAAGGGUGAAAAACUAGGAAUCCGCAACUCGUUUGAGUGCUGGUGCUCGUUGGGAAACACUCCCAAGAAUUCGAGUGUCUCACCAUCAUGGCGUUUUCGGAAUUAUGCGCUAGCGUUUCG